AUGAACAUUCUUGAUCUUUACCAUGCGUCUAUUUCUAAAUUCAACUUCGACGCCCUUCAGCAAAGAGCAUCAGAACAUCGAGGUGUCCAGUGCACUGGUUACGAAGCCAUCGCACAAGGCGACACAAUACAAGUAGAUACAGAAAUCGAUGAUAUUUUCCAAGAACUUAUUGCUCGCCUGAGUGGCAGCCGUUCCGGACAAGAUGGCGGCGAGCCCAACGAAAUCCUAGCAUACCGUACGAAGUCUGAGGUGGCCACUAUGCAAUCCGUCAAAGCCCAUACUUCUGUUCCACAUGUCCAUCUAGCCGAAUUUGACGCGACCAAUGCUGUUGGGACGCGUUUCAUGCUCACAGACAGGAUUGUCGGCUCUUCCCUAGGGGAAGUCUGGUAUAAUUUACAGCGCGAGAGCCGCGAGAAAGUCGCCCGUCAAUUGUUUGGAUUUCAAGCUGAGCUGCUGAAACUGGAGUUUCCUUUUAUCGGGUCUCUUCUUGAUGAAGCAGGAACUGUCGGUCCACUCAGCCAUUCAUGCACGCGUCCGUCCCUACUUGGCCCUGACUGUGGACCUUUCAAGUCCACGAAGGACUACAUGCUGGCAAAUGUAUAUGCAGAAUUGAAAUUCGUACAAGAGCGUCCUCAAGACUGGCAGAAGCAGAGGGAGGUCGGAAAAUAUUGUGGCGGCUUGGAGGACACAUCGCUCGAGGAUGCCCAGAAUUGGCUUUCUCUGUUGGCUGAGGGUAUCAGUGGUUUGCAAGAUGACAUUCUAGACCCCCCCGACAAUCCUUACGUUUUGUUUCACGAUGACUUUCAAUUGGCGAAUAUUGUUGUCUCGGCUGACAAUCCAAGCAAAGUCGUGGGGUUAUUAGACUGGGAAGGCUCACGUAUAUGCCCAGUGUGGGAUAAUCGACGCUUGUGUGGCAAUGUAGGCCUGGAAUGAGUGGAGGACUCGGACGAACUUGCAUACUAUUGCACAAUCAUGUAGGACAUCUUUCGGGGCGUGCAGCCUAAUACUGCCUUUUCGCCGCACCUAUAGAGCAGUUUCUUGCGCAUUGUUGACUAUGGCCACUUAACCCAUUCAAAGCGGGAAAUGCUUG